GAACGGGCUGGUUUGCUGUGUCUGCCCGAGGGGAGCACUGGGAGCUUUCACUCCGGGCAGCACAGGAACAGAACGGAGACUGGAGCGAGGGAGCAGCAGAGGCGGAUCCGUUCUGCUCAGUCCCCAGUGCUGCUCGCAGCGGAGCGGCUCAGCGCCGUGUUCGGGGGGAGCAGCCGAGCGCGCGGUGCGGGCGAAGGGGAAGCCGAGCCGGGCCCGCUCCCAGCGCCUGCCUUCUCCGCAGGUGCUGUUGGCAGCGGCCGUCUGCACGAAGGCGGGGAAGGCCAUCGUGUCGCGGCAGUUUGUGGAGAUGACGCGCACCCGCAUCGAGGGGCUGCUGGCGGCCUUCCCCAAGCUGAUGAACACGGGCAAGCAGCACACGUUCGUGGAGACGGAGAGCGUGCGCUACGUGUACCAGCCGAUGGAGAAGCUCUACAUGGUGCUGAUCACCACCAAGAACAGCAACAUCCUGGAGGACCUGGAGACGCUGCGCCUCUUCUCUCGAGUGAUUCCUGAAUAUUGUCGAGCUCUGGAGGAGAACGAGAUCUCUGAGCACUGCUUCGACCUCAUUUUUGCCUUCGAUGAAAUUGUUGCCCUGGGCUACCGUGAGAACGUGAACCUGGCGCAGAUCCGGACCUUCACCGAGAUGGACUCGCAUGAGGAGAAGGUCUUCCGAGCAGUCCGAGAGACCCAGGAGCGCGAGGCAAAAGCCGAGAUGCGCCGUAAAGCCAAGGAACUGCAGCAGGCCAGGAGGGACGCGGAGAGGCAGGGCAAGAAGGCGCCCGGGUUCGGUGGCUUCGGCAGCUCGGCCGUGUCCGGGGGCACGACGGCGGCGAUGAUCACGGAGACCAUCAUCGAAACGGAGAAGCCCAAAGUGGCGCCGGCGCCGGCCAGGCCUUCAGGUCCCAGUAAAGCCUUGAAACUUGGCGCCAAGGGGAAGGAGGUGGACAACUUCGUGGACAAGCUGAAGUCGGAAGGAGAAAACAUCAUGACGUCCGUAGGCAAGCGCUCCACGGAAGCAGCCAAAGUCCUCGCUCCUCCCGUUAACAUGGAGAGCGUGCACAUGAAAAUCGAGGAGAAGAUUUCCUUGACGUGUGGCCGCGACGGCGGGCUGCAGAACAUGGAGCUGCACGGCAUGAUCAUGCUGCACAUCUCCGACGAAAAGUUUGCACGGAUUCGCCUGCACAUAGAAAACGAAGACAAGAGGGGAGUGCAGCUGCAGACCCACCCCAACGUGGACAAGAAGCUCUUCACCGCGGAGUCGCAGAUCGGUUUGAAGAACCCCGAGAAGUCGUUCCCGGUGAACAGCGACGUGGGCGUGCUGAAGUGGCGGCUGCAGACCACGGAGGAGUCCUUCAUCCCGCUGACCAUUAACUGCUGGCCAUCGGAAAGCGGGAACAGCUGCGACGUUAACAUCGAGUACGAGUUGCAAGAGGAGAGCCUGGAGCUGAACGACGUGGUCAUCACCAUCCCCUUGCCGUCUGGCGUCGGCGCCCCGGUGAUCGGGGAGAUUGACGGCGAAUAUCGCCACGACAGCCGGAGAAACCUCCUCGAGUGGUGCCUGCCCGUGAUCGAUGCCAAAAACAAGAGCGGCAGCCUGGAGUUCAGCAUAGCAGGGCAGCCAAAUGACUUCUUCCCGGUGCAAGUCUCCUUCCUCUCCAAAAAGAACUAUUGCAACAUACAGGUUACCAAAGUGACCCAGGUAGAUGGGAACAGCCCUGUAAGGUUUUCCACCGAGACCACCUUCCUGGUGGACAAGUACGAAAUCCUGUAACGCCAGCCGAGGGGAGAUUUUUAAAUUA